AUGGAUGCAAGCUUGAGCAAUGAAGUAGCCAAAGACUUCUCUCCCUUCCUCAAAAUAUACAAAGAUGGUAGAGUGGAGAGACUUUCAGGCACUGAUAUUGUUCCCACCUCGCUCGAUCCACAAACCGGUGUUGAAUCCAAAGACGCCGUGAUCUCACCUGACACCGGGGUAUCAGCCAGGCUCUACAUCCCCAAAACCAAAAUCACCACAAACCCAACAAAGCUUCCUCUCCUUGUGUACUUUCAUGGAGGUGGCUUUUGCAUGGGGUCACCUUUUUGUGCCUAUUACCAUAGCUAUGUGACAUCUUUAGUUGCUGAGACAAAUGUUGUUGCUGUGUCUGUUGAUUAUAGGAAGGCCCCAGAGAACCCUCUGCCUCUAGGGUUUGAUGAUUCAUGGGCUGCUCUCAAUUGGGUUCAAUCUCAUUUUGAAGGGCAAGGCCCUGAAGAGUGGCUCAAUUCAUAUGCUGAUUUUGAAAGUGUGUUUUUUGCUGGUGACAGUGCUGGGGCAAACAUAGCUCAUCACAUGGCCUUGAGAUUGGGGCAUGAAGGGUUGGUUGGUGUGAAGCUUAAAGGGAUAGCUUUGGUGCAUCCAUAUUUUUGGGGGUCAGAACCAAUUGAAGGGGAGACUCAUGUGGUUGAGAAUAGAGCAAGGGCAGAGGGUAUAUGGAGAUUUGCUUGUCCAAGUAGUAGUGGAGCCGAUGACCCGCUUAUAAACCCGGGUAAGGAUCCGGAACUGGCAAAAUUGGGGGCUGAUAGGGUCUUGGUUUGUGUGGCUGAGCAGGAUGUGCUGAGGCAAAGAGGGUGGUAUUAUAGUGAGUUGUUGAAGAAAAGUGAGUGGGGUGGGGCUGUGGAGGUUGUGGAGACAAAAGAGGAGGAUCAUGUGUUCCAUUUGAACAACCCAACUGGAGAGAAUGCUGUGGCUUUGCUCAAGAAGGUUGCUUCCUUCAUCAAUCAGGAUAUAUAA